AUGGCUAAACUUCUAUUGCUGUCCCUCGCCGCAUUGGCUACACUGUCACAUGCUCUGACCCCAAACUGUUCUGUGGCAGCAGCUUUUGAGGCGAUUGUUCCACCCACUGCUACAGUAGUUUUGGUCCAAGAAGUAUCUCAAAAUGCCACAUUCGCCGUGCCAGUCGCCGACACCGGGUCUCCAACCGACCCGGCACGACUACCUGCUCUCUACGCGGUGCAGAUUGAGAUGUCCACAGAGUCAGGCACUACUUUCAAUUAUGGUCUCUUCCUUCCAAAGAACUGGACUGGCCGCUUCUUGGCUUCUGGAAACUCUGGAUUUGCUGGAGCUGUCAACUAUCUCGAAAUGGGUGCUGGUGCCUCUUAUGGUUUUGCAGCUAUGUCGACUGAUACUGGACAUGAUUCAAGUAUAUUUGGUAACGAUUCUUGGGCCUUUGACCCUGAGUCCGUAACUGACUGGGCUUGGCGUGCCAUGCAUCUGUCUGUUGUCGCUGCCAAGGAGGUAGUUGAAGAAGUUGAGGAAUACCCAGACGACUUUGAUGGUGCAUUAGUCGGUGCCCCUGCUUGGUGGACUGUCCAUUUACAACUAUGGAAUGUUCAAACGGCGCUUUACAAUUAUCCAACAACAGCGGCUGGCUACACCCCCAAUCAAAUGUUUUCGGUUAUCGCCGCUGAGAGUCUUAAACAAUGCGAUCCUCAAGAUGGCGUCACUGACAACAUCAUUUCCGACCCUCGUGGCUGUCACUUGCUGAUCGAAACAUUACUCUGUUCUGGAAAUAGUACUACUGGCUGUCUAACUCCUGCUCAGCUCGACACUCUGUAUCACUAUUACAACGACUGGGUCACUGGCAACCAGACGUUCGUCUUCCCUCACUUCGAGAUCGGCAGCGAAGGUCUCUGGGGAGGCGCUCUCAAUCCUGGCAAUGCUACAGCUGACAAUUUCGAUCUUUCUCCCUUCUAUGAGAAGGGUAGCAAGAUUAUCCAUUACCAUGGUAUGGCAGAUAAUUUCAUUGCGAUCGCCAGCAGUGUAUACUUUUACGAACAUGUGUUGCGCACUGAGAAAUCGCAAGGCGUUGAUCUGGAUGACUUCCAUCGACUUUUCUUGGUUCCAGGAAUGGAGCAUUGCAGUGGAACCCCUUCUACCCAGAACGCUCCUUGUAAGCGUGGUUUCGACAAUGCUCAACAUGAUGUAUUGCUUGCCUUGAUCGACUGGGUUGAAAAUGAUACCGCACCAACUCAAGUUAUUGCAACUGAAUGGAAUGACGAAGCUACAUUAGAUCACGUCACCAACCAACGACCGAUCUGUAUGUACCCUCAACAGGCAAAGUACAUCGGUACUGGAAACACUAGUGUUGCAACCAACUGGGAAUGUCAAUCAAUUUACUAG